CACACACACACAUCAAGCCUCUGUGAGUGUAUGACUGAAACACACCCAUCCCUCAGCUGUAUAGACACACACACACACACACACACACACACACACACACACACAUCCUUCAUUCAGCUGCACAGACACACACACUCAGUUAGAUGACUGGCCGCUUAUCACACACGCUGUUAUGAGGACCUCUCACUGGGGUGAAGAUGAUCGAGUCCAGUCAUUCCAUCUAUUCAAUCUUCUGCUGCUGUUGUGCUGUAGAGACCCGUACCAGCACUCGAGUAGAUCUGAACUCGAAAAGUGAAGAGUUUAUUAAACCUCCAGGCUACACCAACAGACCAGAGCGUUUGACGAAGAAGCUUCCCCAGCCUCCUCCUGUGAAUGAGGAUGAUGAAGGAGAGCAGCAGAAGGUGGUGGCUCUGUACGACUUCGAACCCAGCGAGAGUUACGACCUGAACCUCAUAAAGGGGGAGGAGUACACCGUCCUACACAAACAGGACCAGCUGUGGUGGAGGGUUCAGGACAAACAUGGGAAUAAGGGCUUUAUUCCCAGCAACUAUGUCACAGGAAUAAACAACAUUGAAGCAAAUGAGUGGUACUGCAAGAACAUUAACAGAUCUGAAGCUGAAACUUUACUGAGGCAGGAGGAAAGAGAUGGUGGAUUCAUUGUGAGAGAGUCCAGUCAGCCCAACAGCUACACCGUGUCCGUCUACACUAAAGCACUGAGUUUGGGCACGGGAGACGUGAGGCACUACCAGAUAAAGAGGACAGAAGCAGGGAAAUUCUUCCUGGCUGAAAAUUAUGUGUUCAGCUCCAUUCCUGAGGUCAUCCGGUACCACCAGCACAAUGCUGCAGGUCUUGUAUCAAGGUUGCGUUAUCCUGUUGGCCCAAUGGGAAAGUGUCUCCCUGCUACUGCGGGAUUUAGCUCAGACAAGUGGGAGAUUAACCCGUCUGAGCUGACGUUUAUGAAGGAGCUGGGCAGUGGACAGUUCGGAGUGGUCAAGCUGGGGAAGUGGAGGGCGCUCUGCCGAGUGGCCAUUAAAGUGAUUAACGAGGGGUCCAUGUCUGAGGAGGACUUCAUAGAGGAAGCCAAGAUCAUGACGAGGCUGUGUCACCCGAAGCUGGUGCAGCUGUAUGGAGUGUGUACAGUGCAGAGGCCGAUCUGUAUUGUGACAGAGCUGAUGGAGAAGGGCAGUCUGCUCCAGGUGCUGCAGCUGAACGCUAAAACACUGCACAGUGUGAGGCUGCUGGCCAUGUGCCAGGAUGUGUGUGAGGGAAUGCAGUACCUAGAGGACAACAACUUUCUCCACAGAGAUCUGGCAGCGCGGAACUGUCUGGUGAAUGAGAGGAAUGUUGUAAAAGUUUGUGACUUCGGAAUGACAAGGUAUGUGCUGGAUAAUUCGUACACCAGCUCUACAGGCAGUAAGUUCCCGGUGCGCUGGUCUCCCCCUGAGGUCAUACACUUCCAAAAAUACAGCAGCAAGUCUGACGUCUGGUCUUUCGGUGUGUUGAUGUGGGAGGUUUUCUCUGAAGGUCAGAUUCCGUUUGGGAGCAGGUCUAACACUGAAGUGGUGGAGGAGAUCACUGAGGGAGGACGACUCUACAGACCCCAAAAAUCCCCCCCAAACAUCUACAAUAUCAUGUUCCAGUGCUGGCAUGAGAGACCUCAGGGUCGGCCCUCUUUCUCCGAGCUGCUUCAGAGCAUUAGAGAGGCAGCUGAGGAACUAACGCUGUAACCGGAAGGAACAACAACAACAACAACAACAACAACAACAACAAGCACCAACAGCAGUGAUACUCAAACUAAAGUACACCACUCCACACAAGAAAUCACUCAACAUUAUGUUUCUUUCACAGCGUUACUCUGUAAAAUAUGUUAAUAUGUAUAAAAGAGUUUUAUGUAUAUAUGUAUAUUUUUGUAAUAAAAUCAUAUGGAAACCUUU